AUGAAGACCAUCAGCUUUGUUGCGGCCCUUAUCCUCGCUGUCACCUUGGCAGCUGCAGCUCCUGCGUCCCCUCCCAAGACCGCCAAUACUAUCACCCUUCGCUUCACUGUCCUCCAGCGUGACAACAUUUUGGCUUCCAAGACUGUCCCGGCCGACAACAAUAUCCAGGUCCAGGCUCGCGAGGCCCAAGGCUGCGUAGGAUGCUUCCUCGAGAAGCCUCCCCCAGAGCAGGGUAACGGCGGGGACAUGGGCCGGUCCCCAGGCGGCAAAUAA